AUGGAAGGCGUUGCGAGGUGCAUAGUCAAGUGGUCCGUAGCACCUCUGUUGGUGGAUGCACAGAGAGGCGCUUUGCUCACUCUCGAGGGCGAGGAGAGGGUGCACCGACGAGAAGUGAUGCACCAUUGUGCACGUUUGUCCCAACUGGCUCGAGACGACGUGGACUUGGUUGCUGCAACACUGCACGACAAUCGACGUUGGCAGUGGGUGGUGCAUGAGGAUGACAUCGAUGUGCAUGAGCAGGCGGCACGAUGCUUGCUCUUGCACACAGUCUCCAGAUGCCCACCAUCGCAGCACAGGUGGAUGGAAAUGUUCGGUCUGGUGGGAGAUACUUCGCUACAAGCGAAUGUCACCUCCUCAGUCACCACGUCAGUGCACUGUCUUGGCGUUGGUGGAGGUGGUGAUAGCGAUGGUGUUGUGGUGAGGGUGUUGUGUGUGUGCUGCUGCAACCCUCUGAAUUUCCAUCCCAUGGGGAAGCGAGAGAAGUCGAGCAAGUGUCGCAUCUUCUUGCCAGGUGAAGUGUGUGGCUUUGAGGCAGAUGGGUUGGCAUUGCAUUUGGCAGAGUUGGAGGCGGUGGUUCGUGGACGCUGUGGUUCACACGAGGGGGCAGUGGCGGACGCAGUCGAGAAGGCCUCAUCCCGAGAUUGUGUUCACCUGAGCCUACUUGUACGUGCGGGUGUGAGUGUGGCUGUGGAGGUGUACUGCCAUCGCGUGUUGAUGAUGGAGAGCCGUGAC